GCUGAAUCCAACUUUCUGACACACAGGAUACAGGCUCUUGAAAGCAAAACACAAGGUUUUUGGACAGGAAUGUACAGAAAUGUGGAUGACCAAUGGUUGUGAUUAGACAACACCAUAGUGGAUUUUGUCAACUGGAAUGUAAAAAUGCCCACUGAGAGCGAGCACUGUGUUGAAAUAUCUGCACCAUCUGGGUAUUGGAAUAAUAUUCUGUGCUCUUCUGAAAAAGGAUUUGUUUGUAAAAAACCAAAGAUUCUUGAAGUUCAGCCAACUGAGAAGCCUCCAGAUAAGAAAGAAGAGGCUGUUGCACCUGCUCACCUCACAGCUUGGAUACUAGUUAUUCUGGCUACUCUUAUUCUCACUGGAGCUGGCCUUGCAGGCUGUUUCUUCUACAAGAAAAAGAGACAAAACCAACUACAAGGAGAUGAUCAAGGCGCAGAGACACUCUUAAAAUGCCGUGAUGCUGUUUCAGGAACUAGUGAUACAAAGCAUUCUGUGCCAAGUAUUGAGUAGAAUGAACAGGUUAUCCUGUAGUGCAAUAAAUUUUUUGCCUGAUUUUGGUAAAAUUUGCCAACUAGAAUACAAGAAAUCUUAAAUCGAAGCUUAUUUCUCUUGUUUAAGUAGUAGCCUGUUUGUUUAGCACUGUCUGUAUUUUUAUACAUGUACUUAGGAGAAGCAUUUACUCCUCUUAUAGUCUUGUAGCAUUCAAGAUCUUCUCAUAUAAAAGUAGAUUUUGGUGAAAGGAAUGGGAAGGGCUAUUCAAAUGGGACAAUGGAUAUACUUAAAACAACUAAAAUGGAGCAAACCAGUGUGAACAAAUAUUCAAGAAACUAUGGUUUCUAGUCAGAACUGGAUUGCCAUGAAAUAUAAUGAAUGGUCAGUUUAUGUAACUAUUGUGUUUGUGGAAACUGCAAAGAACUCAACAAAACAUUUGUCUAAUUCUGUUGAAAUCCUGAAAAUAAUCCCAAAAGCUUCACUCCAGCAGUCAAGCUGUUUUUAUUGAUGGGACUGUACUUUGCUUGAGUCUUAAAAAGAAACAUUGUUGUAUAUUAUCACUUUUUAGAUAACUUCUGAAGACAUAAGUAGUCUCCUGUUUUCACUUUCUGUUAUAUAUAAACAGUGAAACCUGUCAGAAAUCUCUCAAAAGGUUUUGUAGUUUGUGCUUGUAAGUCUUGUAGCAUAUUAAAUGAUGUGAAUUAAAAUGUUCUCACUCAGUUAUG